CCAGCACUCCCUGGACCUCCGUGUUGAGUUUUGUUUGUGGACCUCCUGCCUCGUGUGCUUAUAUUGACUGUUUUCUGAGUGAAUAAAUCAUUGUUAACUUUCUCUGUUUCCGCUCCUGUGUCUCUCUGCACCCUACACGUCACAGUUUUCAGUAUUUUUUUCAAUAUUAAUAUGGGCAAACUUUCUUUUUCUUGUUCAUAUGAAAGGUGACAUAUUCACAGGAUUGUGCAAAUGCUGUAUAGGUGAAGGACCUCGCAUGUGAGAUAAAAUAGAACUGUAAAUGUUUUAUUUUGGCUGACUGCUCCCACAUUAAAAUCAAAUCAGUGCUCGUUCUGAGCUGUAUUUACAUAUUUUUGGGUGUUUGUUUUAAUAGGAAUGGUUUUCUCCUCCUGUUGAUUUGUGUAUGUGUUGUAGCUGGAUACAGAGGCAGCUGACAUCCUCAAUGCGCUGCAGGUGAGGCUCAACACCAUCCUCAAAUACUUCAGCACCAUAUUUGCCAGCAGUUUCCAGACUCGUAUUAACGGCUGCAUGCGUCAGAUGGCUGAGAUCCUCUACCAGAUCAAUGGCCCACCCAACCACAACACCGCAGAGGCAGAUGCUGACGCCAUACUGAGGCCCCUCAUGGAGCUCCUGGAUGGGAAUCUCAGUAUCUUUGCGGACAUCUGUGAGAAGACGGUGCUGAAGAGGAUCCUGAAGGAUUUGUGGAGGAUUGUCCUGAGCAGCCUGGAGAAGACCAUCGUCCUGCCUCAGAGCAACGGCAGCAUGGGGGCCCAGCUCCUCACAGCAGCUAAAGGACUGUCUAAUCUCAAGGAGUGGCUGUCCACCAAAGAUGACGCCAAGAGUUCAACGCAGAAUACUCAGAGAGUGCAUGAUGGGAUGGGCAUCAGAAUCACUGGCAAUGAGAAGAUUCGACCUGACAGGGGCUGGGGGAUAGAGAAGCCCAUCGGAGAGGCCGUUCUGCAGAUCGACAUGAUGCUCGGGAAGGAACGCAAAGUCAACGUCAGAGUCAUCGCAGCGAACGACAUGAAGUGGCAGACAUCGGGGAUAUUCCGGCCUUUCGUUGAACUCUCCAUGGUUGGUCCCUUCCUGGCCGACAAGAAGGGCAAGUUCACCACAAAGUCCAAGAACAACAGCUGGAUGGCAAAGUUCAACGAGGCCUUCCAGUUUGUGCUGGGCAAGGGGUCCCCAGACUGCUAUGAGCUCCAGGUGACGGUGAAGGACUACUGUUUUGGCCGGGCGGACCGGGUGGUCGGCAUAGCCGUGGUCCAGCUGCGUGACGUCGCCGACCGCAAGAGCUGCGUGUGCUGGUGUCCGCUCGGGCCGCGCGUUCAAACCGACCGUUUAUAGCAGUAAACUUACAUAAGAAUGAAGCAUAGCUAAGUUGGUACUUGUUUUAUAUUAUAUUAUAUUCAUCCUGUCGGGUUUAUUUCUCCAUAGGAACCUGCUCACUCUACAUUAUCCCGCUUAGAACAGGGGUUACUACUAGAACAUUCAAUAACCUGACACAAUAAAUUGAUUAAAGCAUGUUUUAUUGAUUUCAAAUUAGCCUGCUCUCUUCUGUCACUGCUCUCACUAGCAUCGACACUGUAAGUAAAGAGAGUACAUUGCAUAGACCAACAGCAGCUGAUGCAGGCGUUCAGCAUCAUACAUUUCAAAGUCUGUUUCCAUUUUUGUCUCUACUAAGCAGUCAUGUGACCUGAUAUAGACUGACCUUGCCAUGUAUCAUUUCAUUUGGUAGCAUCCGAUUAAUGACAUUAUGCCUGGGUUCCUCCCUGAAGUUAACCCAAUGUCCUGUCAAUUUGUUGUAUCAGCUGUUGGCCGAAUGGAUCCAAACGCGCCUCCUGAUCUCAGCAGUAUGACCGGAGUUCCUUGGUUGGGACGUGGAAGAGCACUGCAGCCUCAGGAGCCGGCUGUAGGACGAAGUAGAGG